AUGAAUUGGAAAACUUUCUUAAUUUUGGCAAUAUUCUACCCCUUCGCUGAACUAUUACCCCUCCGUGAAAAUUUGGAGAGAAUUCUACAAUCUCAAACACUACUCGCCGACCAAGAAGUAUUCGAACCCAGGGAGAUGGCAAAGCUGAUAAACGGAAUUGGUGAAUAUUGGAAUAUGUCGUCAUUGUUUAUAAUUUAUAAAUGGAAGCUGACAAACAACCGCUUGGCUCAAGCUCUUUUGGGCGAAUUGAACCAGAAGAAUGGCUACUUUGAGCUUUUGCCCCGGAUGACGAUGAGGGAUGUGGAUGUUGAAAAGUCUCUGUACGAAAUUGCCGAUGUGGAUGCUAAUGCCUUGGUUUUGACCCUGAUGCACAGUGCCUAUGAUCGGGUUUUGAAGGCGACAGCUAGGGCCACCCGUAGUCAUCGUUCGUGUUUUACAAUUUAUCUCCUCCACACCUUUACCUAUGACGACGAUCACCGCUAUAUAUUCGAGCAAUUGUGGAAAUAUCAGCUAAGAAGACCUUUGCUAAUUGCGAAUGGCAGAGAUCUCCUUACCAUGGAUCCAUAUCCUGUACUGCAAAUUGUAAAUGUAACUUCUCAGCCCAUGGCCUCAUGGUUUCCCAUCGUAGAUGGCAUUGCGGAUUUCAAGGGUUACACUCUAAAUAUGCCGGUGCAAAAUGACUUUCCCUCGACAGUUUUCUAUUUGGAUGCAGCAACUCAGAAAUAUGUUGCAGAUGGUUUUGCGGCUGGGGUUGUAACCGAGUUGAUGGCUCGCUUAAAUGUCUCCGUCAAUGUAUAUCCUUUAAAUGUCAACAAAUCCUUUGCUUUGAACUAUUAUGAAAUCUCUGAACUUUUGCGUAAAGGAGAAAUCGAAUUAAGCCCCCACCUAUUGUCAAUUGUGGACUUCGAUCCGGACGAGGACUACAGUUAUCCGUUUGUGAGUACAUCUCGCUGCAUUAUGACGGCACAGCCGCAUAGGACCGUAUUGAUUUUUGUGGAUUUUAUUAAUUGGAAAUUAUGUCUGGUAUUGGUGAUCAUCAUUGCGAUCUAUGAACUGGUAUGGCACCUGUAUCCCUUGGUGUUUCCGAAUCGUUCGAAUCGCCAACAGGGUUGGCAACGUUAUCGUCCCUGCUAUGUCAUAUGUAUCCUUUUGAGCAUUCCGGUGCCAGUUUUACCACUGCCCGCCUUAAAACGUAUACACCCUUUGAAAUUUGUGCGCAUGCUGAUGUUAUAUCUUGUCAUAACAUCCAGCGGUCUUUACAUCUCCCAAUUGUUCUCCUGUAAUUUAACAUCAUAUCUCACGGCGAAUUAUUUAAAAGGCCCUCCCAGCCGUCUCAAGGAUGUCCUCGCUGAAAACAUACCAAUAAUGAUGAUACCUUUCGAUGUGGAGUCAUUUAGCAACUUCUACAAAAUCAAACUAAUCGAUUCGCAGCAAUUGGUUGCAACCUCCUAUGAAAAUGUCUAUCAGCAUCUGUCGAACCUCAACAGAUCGUUCAUGUAUUUGGUUUCGAAGGAGGAAUUUGUGGUAUUCGAUCAACAGCAGCGUUAUUUGUAUCCAAAACGUUUUAGCCUUUCGUCUGUUUGCCAUGGCCCUUAUCCUCUGCAAUUUCAAUUGCGUGCCGACAGUCACUUUCGCGAUUUGUUCCAUUUCUUUAUUCUGCGCAUGCGCGAAGGCGGCCUCUAUGAGCAUCAGAAGAAGACUCUCUUUCAAAGAAUUAAAAAUCACAUCAACGUGGAUUAUAUUCGUGAAGAGGAUUCGGUAAAGUCCACCGAUUUCAAUAUCGCUUUGAAUACAGUGUCGGCUAUGAUUUUUGUGCUGUCAAUUGGUUAUACCUGCAGCAUUAUUGCAUUUGUAGUGGAAUGGAAUUUUGAUCGAAUCGUACAGUGGUUGGAAGGCAUGAAAAGAGUAUUCGCAUAA